UAGCAACAAAAUUAACACAAAAAAACUCCCAAUUAAAAAUGUCAGAGAAUUAAAACGCGGUAUAAUAUCCAGCAUGAAUAUGAUUGAUUCAAGCUACAAAAAGCAAUGUUAGCAAGUUUUGUUACCUCUUCUUUCUCUCUCCUCUCAAUCAUACUUUCUCUCUCCUCUCAAUCAUACUCUCAAUCAUACUUUCUCUCUCCAACUCUUUCAAAACCCAAUACCAAAACCAAAACCUCCAUUUUUGCUCUUUCAGACACCGACCAUAUUCCAAUCACAAUCGCCAUUAAUCCUUGCAUUUAAUUUUUCCACAAAAUGGACUUUCGCUUCAAUUAAUCCCAAGUUUUAAUUUUUGGGAUUUCCCCCAAAUUUUAAAUAAAUUUAAGAGGAAGAAGAACAAUCAACAAUGGCGGAAGUAAAGCGAGCAGCAAGUGGGUCGUCAUUUUCUCUCUCCACCAGCAAGAAGAAGCCACCAAGCUUUAGCAACAAUGGAGUAAGUUCUAGCUCUACUUCUUUCAAGCACAUAUACGACGACGUUUUUGGUUCUUCGUCUCCUAGUAAGGUGAAAUCGUCAGCCUCUUUCAUGGAAGAUGAUUAUGCUGAAGUUUUCGGGUCCUCUAAAUCGAACAAUGGCGUUUGGAGCAUUUCGUAUUCGUCGAUUCCGGUCCUCGACCUUCCUCCGAAAGAGAAAGAGAAAGAGAAAGGGAGUUUUGAUUAUGGUGGAGUUUUUGGAGAUGAUGGUCAUAGUUUUGGUUUGCCAGAUGGUGAGGAGUUAUUUGAUCAGCUGAAGAAGAAACCCAAAACUUCAUCUGCUGCUCAUAUUUUGCCAAGUUUUAGGAGCCAAGGGCAAACCAUGGAUGCCACCAACCCCGAGAUUUCAGGCCAAUCUUAUGAUGGCCAGUCACUGACAAAUGGAUUUUGUCCAUCAUUUGACAAUACAAAGCAAUUUGGGCCUGGGAAUAAAGUGGUUGUGAACGCUACUGGAGGGCCAAGAAAAGUAACUCAUGCUCGUGCUUAUUCAUUGCAUGAAGUGACUGCUACUCAGAAGACCCUGUCUAGUCAAACACCUGUGAUCAAAUAUGAUUCGGUAGACACAGACUCCAAGCAAGGGAAGCAUGCCAGGCAUACUAGUUUGGAUCUUGGUGCUAUCAAACAGGAUAAUGUCAAUGAUUCUGGCCUUCAGAAAGUAUCUGGUAUGAGUGGUUCAUUUUCAGUUGAUAAAUCUCGUGGCACAUGCCAGUCCAGUAACACUGCAACAAAUGGAUUCUACCAAUCAGUUGACAACACAAAGCUUUCAGGAACUAACAUCAACAAAUUGAGCUCUAAUAGCACUGGCAGAGCAACACACGCAGCUAAUGUUCAUCCGAUUCCGAUAUCCAAUCAUCCAAUAAAACCAGAAGCACGACCAGAGUCUUCGUUGUCCAAUGAACUCAGCCCUACUCAAAAGGCCCUGUCUAGCACAACAUCUGUGCUGAGCGGUGAAACACAACCUAACAUAGGUGUUGACCCGGAAAAGGAGCAAAGCAGGCAUUCAGGUAAUACUAGCUUGGAUCUUGGUGCUAAUAGACAGAAUGGCCAGUGUGAUCCACUCUUUAAGAAAGAAUCUGGAUUGAGUGAGUCAGCUUCAAUUGAUGCCUCUCAUGAACCAUGUCAGGCAGCAGGGCCAUCUAAGGUGGUAAAGGAUAAUGCUGAGAUUGCCAUUGGUUGUGAUGAGGUUAAGAAGAAAGAUAGGCGUUCCAGGAUGACCAGCAUAGACCUUGGUGAUUAUAAGCCUUCUUGUGAGCGUGAUGAAGGGCCUAAGAGAAAACCUCGUUUUGGCGGUUCUUAUUCAUUUGAUGCCUCACAUGAUCCUAGUGCUGCCCAAGUUAAAGCACAGCCCUCUAUGAUGUAUCCUUCUUCAAGUCUGCCUAGAUUCUUUCCUGUUGAGAGCCAUUAUAAGGUAUCAGAGAACUCAAGCUCAAAGAGUUCCCAAAAGAAUCCAUACAGAAGCACUGUAGGUGCAAUACCACCCCUUGCUGAGGAGUUAGAUGUAAAUUCAGCUGCUGGAGUUUCUGUAGCUGUUUUGCAGAGAGCAAUCGAGGAGGCUGAAAUGAGAAUUCGGUUGGCAAAGGCAUUCUUGGAGCGAGAGUGUCAUGGCUCUACCAACUUGAGGUUUAAGGAUACUUUGAAGGUGAAAGUGUCCAAAAAGAGGGGACUAGCCAAUGAGAUUAACAAUUUUAAACAACCUGAACCUGAAAUGCGUCAUUGUUCUCCUACUGUAGAUAGUGACAUGCAACCAUGUUCACCUUUAGAAAGAAAGAGGGUGGUGGAGAAUGCUAAACCGCAUCCAGUUUUUGAAGACCAGGUGCCCGCAGUUUGUGAAGCCCAGGCACUACCAGUUUUUGAAAACCAAAAGAAUUCUGUUACGAAUGGGGAACUCACUGAAAAUGGUGCAAGGAAGUCAAACUUGAUUGGAGGGGAUGAUAAACAAGAAGGAGAAUGGGAAGCAGCAAAGCACCUUAAUCAACUUAUAAGUGGAGUGAAGAAUAGACUAGCUAGCUUUAUGUCUUGGCAGACUGAGACUGAGACUGAUUCUGAGAAGAAAGAGGAUCUGAAGGAAAUGGAAGCUAAUAUUGAACUUCGGCAGCAACCGGAAGAAGUUGAACAUACUUUUGAUGAUCAUGAGGCUUUUAAGCAAAAAAGAUUAGAAGUAAAUCAUGGCAUUGCAAGUGCUGGCAAAGUGAUGAAUGGGGAAAAUACGGUACAGUUUGCAUCAGAGGCUCUGGUUCCAGAGGAGAACGAAUCAAUAAGGAGCUUCAGUGUCAAGCAGAACAAAGCUGUAAACACUGUUGAUUUCAUUCCAGAUACUGAAGGCUCUAGUUCAGAAAACUUUCAGUUCUUUGCUUUUAGGAAUCAGAUUUUAUGCGAUCCUCCUGAUCCAGAAAUAGAAGAGAUGGGACCACUAGAAAUUAGAGAGCGUGAGAUGGAGAAUGGACAAGAGCAAGUGAUAAAGGAGGUGAAAAAUGAACACAGAGCAUGGCACGAUGAAGAGCAACAGGAUUCCGGUGAUAAAUUUGUGGCUCAUGAUACUAAGAGGCAAGAUGAUGUAUAUAAAAUGAAUGGCUUAGAUUCUAGUGAUGAAGAAAAUGACAAGACAGUGGACGAGCCUUGUUUUCUGACUGAGGAUAAUGAAAUGGAAAUCUCUCAUGAAGAGGGAAGGGAAGGUUUAAUGAAUAGAAACAGCAAUACUUGCUCCGUCAAUGAAGAAAAAGUUGAGAUGGUGGAAGAGCAUUGUUCAAUGGAUGCACAUGACGAAAAGGAACCCGCUCGUGAAGAUGACUGGCAAGAUGAUACGAGUAGUAAGGACUAUGCAGGGUCUUGUGAUGAUGAAUUUCAUGAAAUUGUGGAGGAACCUUAUACCAUUGCUGAGCAUGAUGGCAAGGGACUCCUUCAUGACGUUGAUGGGCACGGUGAUUUGUAUGAGAUUCAUUUAGGUGAUAUUAAUGAAGAAAGUAAUGACAGUGUGAAGGAACUUUGUACACAGGCUGGGCAUGAAAGAAAUAAUGUAAUUCAUGAAAAGGGCAAUGAUAUUAGUCUGAAUGAGGAAUUCAGGGAGGUACUGACAGACAAUUCUCAUUGGUGUGAAAAUAUUUUAGAGAAAACUGACAAUGACGGUGAUUGUGAAGUGCUAAAGGAAAAUAAAAAACAGCAUGAGAAUGUAGAGAUUGUGGAAGAGUUUAACCUGGUAGGAGAAACCUGGAAGAAUGAUAGUGAUCAACGAGAAAUCAAUCAUAUUGAAGAAGUUUCUAGACAAAAAUAUGGUUGGGAAGAUAUUAAAGUUAAUCAGAGUGAAACUGAUCAUAUUGAGCCAAUAGAGGAAACUGCAGAAGGAGUGACUCUGCAAUCAAGUUUCGUUGUUUCAGCUGAAGGGGAACACAAGCAGAAAGAAAAUGAAUUUUUAAGCAAAGGAGAAGCCUGUAGUUUUGUUAUGGACAGUUCCAAGAUUAGAGAAGCAGUAUAUAUUGAUGAAGAAAUUGAGAGGAUGAUGGAAAUGUCUAAUUCGUCUUCCGAACCUGAAAUGGAUUUAGAAAAUCCAGUACCAGCUCAGACGGAAAGUGGGUUGAUUGGAGAAUGGCCUCCAGUAUCAGCUCAAACAGCUAGGGAGUUGAUUGUUGAAGAGCCUGUGCUAUCAUCUGUGUCAACUGAAAUUAACAUGGAACAUGAUAAAAAUGUGAUUCAGAAGGAUCUAAAUGGUACCAUCAGAAUUCUUCCGCAUGAAAAUCUUGUUUCAUUUGACAGUGAAUCUGACAUAUCUCUUGAGCAAAAGGAUGUUAAUGUGAAAGUUGUGGAACCCGAAUCUCAGGAUAAUUUGGAAAAUCAAACUGACUUGCUGCAUGAACAUGGGGACAACCUGCAUGUAGGGGAGUUUGAUACAGUAAGUGAUCAGGAUGCGGAGAGGUCUGGUGCUGAAGCAGGCCACAGGAGAAGAAGAUGGUUUGAUAACAGCGGGAUUAUUGGGACAGCUGAGCGUCCUAGCAUCCUGGAAGGUAACCGAACAGAUCUGGAGAUAGAGCAGGAGAUAUUGGAUGAAUCUGAGUUAUCUGGAAGUGUAGAAAUCCAUGCUGAUGAACUAGAUUGCAGUGUUGCAGAGCUUAAAACUGGUAAAGAUGCUGAUAUUCCUUCCAAUCAGGAUGGUGUUAAAAAUACUGUUGAAACAACUCCUACCAGAAGAAAAUGGUUUGUUAAAAGAGGGGAACAGGGAGCACCUGAGCCUCUGUCCCUUUUUGAAGGUAUUAAAGUGAAUUUGGAGGUGCCUCUUAACAGUGUUAAUGAGUCGGUAAUGCAUAACACCUCAGACGAAUGCCUUAAUAUGAAAACCAAAUGUGAAGAAUCUAUAAAUGGGGUGAAGUCUGAUGUAGCAAUUAAUGGGGAAAAUAGCAAGCAGAAUGGAGAAACAGCUCCGAGAAGGAGAAGAUGGUUUGAGGGCGCAGAGAAAGUAGGAGCAGGUCAGCAAUUAAGAAAAAAUGAAGAUGUUGGGCUGACAGUAGAGAUGGAUCAAGAAUCCAACGUGAAGGGUUGUGUAGAGAAGCAUGGAAAACUUAAUAGCAUGUCUACCUCACAGGAGAAGGAUGAUGUACACAACAAAGUAGAACCAGUAAAGGAACACCUCAGUGACCAGGAUGAUUUAAACAGGAAAGAAAAGGCGAGAGAGAAAGAAAAAAUAGCAGUUGAAAGGGCAAUUCGUGAAGCUAGGGAGCGAGCAUUUGCUGAAGCCAGGGAAAGGGCGAGAAAAGAUGCAGCUGAGAGACCAAAUGUGGAGGCACGCCAUAAAGUAGCAGCUGGAAUUCAAGAGAAGCUGGGUAAGGUUUCUUCUGAGGCAACUUCCUCGUUAGAUAAGGCCUCAGUGGAAGCAAAACUAAAAGCAGAGCGUGCUGCUGUAGAAAGAGCUACAUCAGAGGCUCGGGAGCGAGCACUGCAAAGGGCUUUAUCAGAGAAAGCUUUUCACAGGUCAGGAGAACAGGUAGGAAGAUAUUCAUCUGAAGAAAAUUCAUCAUUGGAGCCAAAAUAUCAGAGCUCAAGAAGUUCAGAUUCCUCAAAUAACAGUGAAAAAAUUGAUGGAGCUGAUGUUGAAUCAACUCAAAGGCGCAAAUCUAGAUUGGAAAGGCAGAAACGAACAAUGGAACGAGCAACUAAUGCUCUUGAAGAGAAGAAUAAGCGUGAUAUCCUAGCUCAGAAGGAGCAAGCUGCCAAAAAUAUACUGGCAGAUUCUCUGGAUUCUGAGGUCAAACGGUGGUCCACUGGAAAGGAAGGAAACCUGCGUGCACUGCUUUCAACACUACAAUAUAUAUUGGGUCCUGAUAGUGGAUGGCAGCCUGUUUCCCUCACUGAUUUGGUGGCUGCGACUGCUGUCAGAAAAUCUUAUAAGAAAGCUACACUUUGCGUUCAUCCUGAUAAAUUGCAACAACGAGGUGCAUCCAUUCAGCAGAAGUACAUAUGCGAAAAAGUUUUUGAUCUUUUGAAGGAAGCUUGGAGCAAGUUCAACCCUAAUGAGCGUUAAUGUAGAUCUGCACAAGUGCCCACUACACCUGUUGGCUUCACAAUACUUGAUACCUGUUGGCUUCACAAUAUCUUGGAGGGAAUUAAGAUUUGAGUUCCAUCUCGGCAUGUGACUGUUGGUAAACUGCAAUGAGUAUUGUUCUUAAUCUCUCUGGUUUCAAAUGCUGCUUGCUGGGUGGUGGUGGAUGACAAUUGAUAGUAGGGGGAUUGAAGAAAAUGCGGGUAGGGAAUAAAUGAAUUGAAAUAAAGAUGCUAGCCACUUGCACUCAACCCCUCCCCACUCCCCAUGUACAACAACAAAGCCUUAGUCCCAAAAAAAAAAAGCCUUACCACCAUUCCACCCUUUAACUAAAGCCAUAGUCAUUGAGCAGUCUUGCUUAGUCAAGGGUUGGAUUUGCAAGCUCGGAAAAUUUGUCUGGUAAAUGAAUGAUUCAUCUGCUUUGACUUGGCCUGUAUGCUACAACAUUGAUGUUUCUUCCUUGUCAAAUCUUCUCAAGGCCUCGAUAUUUUGAUUCCUUUGUUUAUGAUGUAAGUGGGAAGAGUUUUUUUGGACUGAAAGGUAUUGUACUGGCAUUUGUUCUCAGUCUGACAUUCAGAUCUCGCCAUUAUCUUCUUGAAGGGUCCCUUGGUGUAUUCAGGCUCACUCAGCUCUACAAUGCUCCCUCUGGUCGGAAACAUGUAGUUUUAAAAUUGUAGGCCAAUAUUGAAAAGAUGAAACAUGUAUAUUUUGAUGAUAGCUAACUUUUAUUAGAAAUUUGAUUAUUAGGUUAAGGUUGAACUUCGAUAAGUUAGGUAACUACUGCUAAACAACACUCGGACUUGAAAAUGAGGAUCCUAAACAACACUCCUUUCUGACCGGAGGGAAUACGUUGUUGAAUGGCUGUAGCCACCCAACACUAGUGUUGAUAGGCGAUUGCCAGAAUUUCAUUACUGCAUAAAAUCCUCAUCUUAAUGCCA